AUGUCGUACCAAUUACGCCCGCCACAACCGUCGCCGUCGCAGCAAGAGGCGGGAUACGAUACGUACGGCAGCUCGAACUCGUACGGCCAGAACCCAGAAUAUGGCUUCAGUUAUAGCCAACAUGCCUAUACCCAAGGCCAAAUUCACGCCCAGCCACCACGACAGCAGCAAUACCAGCCGGAUAUGACACACGCUCAAUCGCAACCACCAUCACCCCUCCCAGCCCCGCCCGCGACGAUACAUUACCCCCAGGACGGCAUUGCGCGAACGCAAACCUGGAUCGUAAACCAGCCUCCCGUACUACCUCCCCCGCCACCGGCCAAGACGCCGUUUAGCGAGUGGGCCGGGCACACGGACAGUACCUUUGACCGGCGAACGCUGUACUCGCCCUCAAUGCCUCCGCGACCGCGGAAAGAGGAGCCGAGGAUUUACGGCAUUAAGCGGAAUACUUUUUUCAUCGUCGUCGCUAUCAGCGCGUUUCUGCUGGUCGUCGCGGCGGCCGUCGGGUUGGGGGUUGGCUUGGGCACGAGGAGGGAUGUGGGCUUGUCUGCUGGUUCGGCGGCGGCGAAUGGAGGCGCGGCGGGUUCUUCACCCACAUCUACGAUACCAACGUCAACGACAACAACGACGACGAGAACAUCCCCUACGCCCAUCUUUACGGGGGCCUCGGUGCCAGGACCCGUGUUCUGCCCGCAGAACAACAACACGGUGUACAUCGCGCAGGGGAGCUCCAAACCUUUCAACAUCCAGUGCGGCCGCGAUUACAGCUCGCAGAACGGUGCCCUCGACAUCGUCCACAUACAGAAGCCCACCAUGUCCUCGUGUAUCGACGCCUGCGGGAAACGCGACGACUGCGUCGGCGUUGGUUGGGGCACCUACCAGAGCAGUCCCCAGUGCUGGAUGAAGAGCAAGCUCGGUGAACCCAAUUGGAGCCCCUUGUGGUAUUUUGCACAGCUACAGCAUAUGCCUAAUAAUGCCACGGCGUAG